AUGGCUCGGACAGGCCUGAACCUUGAUGACGGCCAAUACGGCUUCCGAGAGGGUAGAUCCACUAUCAAUGCGAUCUCGCACUUGAGGACCCUCUCGGAGGCUGUUGUGAAGGAGGGCAGGGUGGCGGUGGCUGUGUCUAUCGACAUAGCCAACGCGUUUAACACCCUGCCCUGGGGUAGCGUGGUGAAGGAGAUGAAGGAUUACUUCAAGCUGGGCCUGACGGUGGCUGAAAGGAAGACAGAAGCUAUCUUCUUUCACCAGAAGGGCAGGAAGCCACCUCAGGCCCAUCUCCGGAUUGGUAGGGUCAGGAUUCCUGUUGAGGCCCAAAUGAGAUAUUUGGGCCUCAUCCUGGACGGCACCUGGUGCUUCAAGGAGCACUUUAGGUGCCUGGUCCCCCGACUAAAGGUCAUCUCUAAUAACUUGGGCAAAUUAAUGCCCAAUGUCGGGGGACCAGAUAUGAAGGCGCGUCGCCUCCACGCGGGAAUCAUAAAUUCGGUCGCCCUUUAUGGAGCACCCAUUUGGGCGGAGACUCUGGCCGCCAGCCAUCCGCUGCAAGCGCUAUUGCGCACUGCACAUAGGACGGUGGCGGUCAGGGUCAUCAGGGCGUACCGAACUGUGUCCCACGUAGCGGCGACGGCGCUGGCGGGCAUGCCCCCUCUGGAGCUCCUCGCAUUGAUGUACAAGAAUGUGUACAGGAAGAAAGGGGAGCUCCGGAGGAACUUAAGGGCUGGCAAAUCGCUCCCCGGGGCCCUGCGGCACCUGAAGCACCAGGGUCGACAGCUCUUUCUUCAGCGUUGGCAGAGGCGUUUGUGCAAUGCCAAAUAG